AUGUUCGCCACCGCGCUCCUCCGCAACGCCUCUUCGGCCUCGGCCUCGGCCUCGGCGGGCCAGAGCUUCAGCGCGGCGCACAAGUCGUACGUCAAGUCCCUCUACCGGCGCUACCUGCGCAACUCGCUCGACUGGUGCAUCCGCCGCGACGUAUGGAGGGACCGCGCCAUCGAGAUCCGCGUCGAGUUUGAAAAGCACCGCAACGUCCGCAACCCGCGCCAGCUCGCCAAGCUCUUUGACAAGGCAGAGGCCGAACUCAAGCAGAUCCAGCACCCGGACCCGCACAGACCUCCGAUGUUCGAGGACGGCACCAAGUGGGAGCGAAACCUUCCCCCUCGCAUGUUCACCGAGGCGGAAAAGAAGGCCGCCAUCGAGGCCAUGCACCACUAA